GCGGCGCGGCGAGGCCGAGGCGGUCGGGGCCCGUUUCAAACCGGCGGUCGCUGGGCCGCGGCCCGGCGCGAGAUGGCGGAGAGCGACAAGGCGGAGGCGGCCGCGCCGCGCCGAGCCGAGGAGACGGCCGGCCAGGCGCCACAGCCACCGCCGCAGCAACAGCAGCAGCCGGCACCGCAACAACAGACGCCGCAACAGCCGCCGCAGGAUGAGGAGGCGGCGGCGGCCGCGGCACCCGGUGGCGGCGCGGGCAGCGCAAAUGGCGUCAAAAUGGAUAAUGAUGAGACAGCAAAAGAAGGGAAAGCACCUGUGAAAGAAAAGUUUGUUGCAAAAGCAAAGGCAAUCCCUUCUCUUGGAAACAAGAAUAAAUUCCAUCCCUAUGCAAAGGAGAAGAAUGCAGGCUCUGGAGACAAGAAGGCUGUUAAUCGCAACAGAGUUUUUAUUAGUAACAUCCCAUAUGACAUGAAAUGGCAAGCUAUUAAAGACCUGAUGAGAGAGAAAGUUGGUGAGGUUACAUACGUGGAGCUGUUUAAGGAUGCUGAAGGAAAAUCAAGGGGUUGUGGUGUGGUUGAAUUCAAAGAUGAAGAAUUUGUUAAGAAGGCAUUAGACACUAUGAACAAAUAUGAUCUUAGUGGAAGACCCCUGAAUAUUAAAGAGGAUCCUGAGGGGGAACAUGCUCGUAGGGCACUGCAGCGGGGAGGAGGGCAGUUUCCAGGAGGACAUGGACCUGAUGCGGCACCUGGAAUGAUGAAUUUACCACCUUCUAUUCUCAAUAAUCCAAACAUUCCUCCUGAGGUUAUCAGUAAUUUGCAAGCAGGCAGGCUUGGAUCCACGAUUUUUGUUGCCAAUCUUGACUUCAAAGUUGGCUGGAAGAAACUGAAGGAGGUAUUCAGCAUUGCUGGAACUGUGAAGCGUGCAGACAUCAAAGAAGAUAAAGAUGGCAAGAGUCGAGGAAUGGGGACAGUUACCUUUGAACAAGCAAUUGAAGCUGUUCAAGCAAUAUCUAUGUUCAAUGGACAAUUCCUGUUUGAUAGACCCAUGCAUGUAAAAAUGGAUGACAAAUCAGUUCCUCAUGAAGACUUCCGUGUUGUGGACAGCAAAAGCUCACAAUUACCUCGUGGUCUUGGUGGCAUUGGUAUGGGACUUGGACCAGGCGGACAGCCCAUCAGUGCAACACAGCUGAGCAUGGGUGGUGGAAUGGGGAGCAUGGGUCCAGGAGGUAUGGGAAUAGACGGCCCAGGAUUUGGUGGAAUGAGUAGAAUGGGAGGCGGACUUCCUGGAUUUCGUGGAAUGGAAGGAAUGCCUAACAUGGGAGGAUUUGGAGUCAACCGAAUGGGAGAAAUGUUCCGUGGUGGAAUGGGAGCAAACAUGGAAAGAGAAUUUGGUCGUGGUGACAUGGCAUUGAACCGUGGUUUUGGAGAGUCUUUUGGAAGAAUGGGUGGUGCAAUGAUUGGUGUUUUUGCAGGAGGAAUGGGAGCACCUAGCAUGGGCCCAGUAAGAUCUGGAAUGAGUGGUGGAAUGGGUGGUAUGAACAAUAUGGCAGGAGGAAUGGGAAUGGAUCGGAUGGGUUCUGGUUUUGAUCGAAUGGGACCAGCCAUGGGUGGAGGCCUGGACAGGAACAUGGACAUCGAUCGAGGAUUUGUGCCUGGCCCCAUGGGAGGUGGCAUGAGAGAGAGAUUAGGCUCUAAAGGCAACCAGAUAUUUGUGAGAAAUCUUCCUUUUGACUUGACCUGGCAGAAGCUAAAGGAGAAAUUCAGUCAAUGUGGUCAUGUAAUGUUUGCAGAAAUAAAAAUGGAGAAUGGAAAAUCCAAGGGCUGUGGAACAGUCAGAUUUGACUCACCAGAAUCUGCUGAAAAGGCCUGUAGGAUAAUGAACGGCAUAAAAAUCAGUGGCAGAGAAAUUGAUGUCCGCUUGGAUCGCAAUGCAUAAUUUAAAACUUUGUGUUCAGGAACAUUCCUAUGUCUGUUUAGCUUCUCUGUCUUAGUAAGUCAUUUUUAGUAACAUUGUAUGCUUACAAAAGCUGUAAAAAGGAACUUUUAAAUCCCACCAGCCUUUAACAGUAUAGUGUUUAAUAUACUGUGAUACUUGUUAACUGAAUCUUACUAUGUUUGGUUUUUAAAGACAAUUCGCCUGAUUUUUGUUGUUUUUUUAGAGGCGCUGAGCACCUGCAGGUCCCUAUAGACUAGGGAUGCUUUGGAUGCUCAGUGCCUUUGGAAAAUUAGGCCAAGUGUCUCUAGUCAUUCAGUUUAAAUGAAUGGUUAUACUGUUUUUAAUAAAAUAAGCCAUUUUCUCUGUUAA